AUGGCCGAUGUCACUUCGCCGUUGAUCGUGAAUCGUAGACGAAGGGCUACGAUACCAUUCCGUGAGGUGAUGGCUCAGCUGCUUCGGACAGGACUACGGAGCAACGAGGAGGAUUCGCCAGCUGUAAGUGAGGACGGUUGCUAUGCAUCCCUCAUCAUUUUUAUUGCCAUCUGUUCUCUGGGAUUUGCUAUGAUUGUUUCGUGCAUGAUAUCGGAUCACAUAUCUUAUGGCGUUGUGACGAUUUGCAUGAUCGCUCUGAUAUUACUAGAUAUGGGUAUCAUGCUCUACUUUAUCAAGAUGCAAAAUAAGUGGAUGGACGUCUCGUAUGGUUUGGUGCUGUGUACUUCAGAUGCCUCUCGUCGAGGCAACACGAAUCACCUUACUAUCAACGAACAAUGUGAUGCUGUAGGCUCCAGUUUGUCAGCGUCCACAAGGAGAAACAGUCUCUCAUUAGUCGGCGUCUAUAUCUUUGGUAGUACCUCUGUUUUCAUGUACUUCGUUCACAUCAUACAAGUAACAACAUGCAUACCGUUCUUUUUCAAUGAAUAUGACACACACAGAUACGCAUAUGAAGACGUGCUGUACGCCGUUUUUCGCACUAUCGCCAACGCGUUCGUAUGUGUUCAGAUUGCGUUUUUCGCAUGCUUCAAGCAUAUCAAUUUCGUAAGCAUUCCGCGGUUUUGCUACUCAUUCUUGCUGUUCGUAUCCACCAAUUUCUUUUUUCUACUUGAGAGCUUGAUGUAUGCUUUAUAUGUUCGACUUGACAUCGUCCUGCCAUGGCAAUCUCGACCCACCCCCGAUCAUAUGUCAGGGAACUACGAUUUGCUCUGCUAUAACGCUACCAGAGUCUUUGAUAAAAGUGUUUUCGUCAUGCAAGAUAUCCUCUACCCAUUUGCUAUUGAAUUCUACAUUCUCUCUAUAGGAAUAUUUCUUCAUCAUUGGUUUAAUCUCGUGCCAACUGCAAGUAGGCCUACAAGAACGGCUAUACUGAGACGUGAUACUUUUGACGAAAUAAACUCAGACACUGCCACCAAUCACCAGCGUAAGAUAUGUGGUUGUUUCUCCGCUCUUCCACUUGCUGUCGUUCUGUCGUUGCUAAUGAUCGGCUCCGCUGCUUUACUUUUAUUUCAAAAUAUUGUUGGUAUAGUGAUCUACGUAUAUCACAUAGUUCGUCUGCUAUAUCAGAGUCUGUUAAUCAUACCAGUUUUGUUGGGUGUCCAUUAUUUGUCGUAUUUUCGUUAUAACAGAAAACCAUCACUUGACGGAAGUGAUAUGCUUCUUGUUAGCACCGUAACGGGUGCAUUUCUGGUUACAGGCUUCACAACUGUGACAUCCUCGACACUACUGCACCAUUUCGCCACUUCAGAUGACUUCGACAGAGAGGUGACCCAAAACUUUGACGUGACCAUUUCCGAUUCCGUCUUCUGUUUGAUAUAUGCCGUUAUCAACUACAUCCAGAUUAUAAUACAAACGUGUUUCUUUGUUUCCGCCCGUCGUCGUGUUCCGCCGAGAUGCGAAAGCAUAACUUUAUACCGACUUCGUGAAUGCUUCUUGUACAUUGCCGUUUGUAAUGCAUUCAUCUUGGCUACGGAUACGUUUAUCGCCCUUCGUACCUUUAGUGUCGAAUCGCCAACUAACGUCUGGUUUUUCGGCGCUCGACUUUGGAGCAUCCUGGAGAGUGUUCAGUUUCCGGUGGCGGAGCUUUAUCACUUCCAUUCCGUCCUCUUGUGUAGCGAACUUUAUUUGAGUUUUAAGGUUGAUUAA